GGGGAGGCGCCGCCGCAGCUGCCGGGCCCCUGGGCCACCUCGGCUGGGGGCUGGCUGGGUAUCAUGAACGCCAUGCAGGUGCACUCGCGGUACUGGACGGCGCUGUACCCGCUGUCCUUGGACGGUUGGAUGAGCACCAUCCGGCGUCAACAGGAGAAGCAAAAGCAGCUGCAAGAGGAGCAACAAAAGGCAGAGAUGGAGGCAAGGUACGCGGCUCUGCAGCGGGCAGCGGACGAGCAGGGGGAGGAGCAGCAAUUCUCGCUUGGAGGACAACAGCAACAGCAGCAGCCCCCAAGUCCUGCCUCUGCAUCGUACAGUGCAUACGCGGAUGGGGAGGGCAGUCGCUGGGAAGAUGAUGCCGUGGAGAAUGGUGAGGUUGAGGAUGCAAACGGGAGCUCCGUCGACAACCUGUUCCCAGACAAAAACUCCGCGGUUUACAUGCUAGAGCAGUUCAUAGAGCAGUUACGCCAGGAAAACCGCGCCUCCGCCGCCACCUCCGCUGCAUCCGGGAAUGGGGACUUGGUAGCGGAUCGCCGGUCGGAGUUUGGCGAUGGUGAUGAUGAGGCGGAUGAGGUGGAAGUGGUGGAUGCGUUGGGCGGCGCGCGGGUUGCCGGGCGCAUUGCGAGUGCGGGCGGGUUUGUGGUGGAGGGUGCGGAUCCACGCGACCCACGGGACAUUGAUCCCGCGGAACUGCUAGAUGUGAUGCUGGGGCUUGGGGGAGGUAGCGCUGGGGGAGGCGGCGGUGGCGGCGGUUACAAUGAUGAUGGUGAUGGUGGUGAUGAUGGUGAUAAUGAUGAUGAUUGAAGUAGCGAGCUGUGCCGGUAGCUAGCAGUGGCGAUUACCGGUGGCAAUAGCGGCGGCAGGAGGGCAGCAGAGUGUACGAAGGAUGGGGUCAUGCAAACGAAGGGCAAUGAACGCAGGAGGCUGCUGCAGUCGUAGGGAAUGUAUAUUGCGGGGUAAGGGGGGGGUACUUUAACUGAGCCGCUAUGAGCCGCUAACUGUGACCGUAGGAAGUCGGGUCACAAGGGAGGGAGGGAAGUUUACAAGGAGCUUCAUAAAGGCGGUUCUCCAGCAGGAUUCUGGGUUACGCAUUCCUGCUGAGGAAGCAUCGCGCCUAUCAGGGGUGCUAUGACUACCGCUGCUUCUAUCGUGUAUUGGUCAUGGCAGCGGCUCAGCUGUUCCAUUUGGUCUGGAGCCGCUGUUUGUAUGGCUGGGAGGACUUAACGGCAAACGAUGGAUGUGCGUGGAUGUACAAUAGCAGCAGCACCUCCCUCUGACGGGGGUGCCGG